AUGAACGCUUCUAACUGGGAGAUGGAUAGUAGAAACUGCGGAGGAUGUGAAGGACCUGACGCGCCAUAUGUGAAAUUGGUUAGCAGUGAUGGACACCAGUUCUACAUAAAAAAGGAGCUGGCUCUAACAUCUGGUACAAUCAAAGCAAUGUUGAGUGGACCUGGGCAGUAUUCUGAGACUGAGAGUAAUGAAGUGAACUUUAGAGAAAUUCCUUCGCAUGUGCUCCAGAAGGUAUGUCACUACUUUGCGUACAAAGUUCGCUAUACAAGUUCGGCUACAGAGAUUCCCGAGUUUAUUAUUUCUCCCGAGGUGGCACUUGAAUUAUUGAUGGCGGCCAAUUUCCUGGAUUGCUGA